UCCCUGCGCCGGGCCGCGUGGCUGCGGGCUUAUUUUCCCAGCUGGCAAGCGUCGCGCGGCAGACAAGGGAAUGCCUGUGGUCUGGUGCCCCCUGGUCCCGCAGAGCCCCCACCAGGAGCGGAAGGGUUAAGAAUGAUGAGGAAGAAGAGGAAGCGAGGCGUGCCCCCCGGCCCAUGCCGCAGCCACGGCCCUGGACCCGCCACGGCGCCCUCGCCGCCGCCCUCGCCGGAGCCCACCGGACCUGCAUGGACGGGCAUGGGCUUGAGAGCAGCACCUUCCUUCGCCGCCGCCGCCGGGGCUGAGCAGCACCGCCGCCCCCGGCCUUGCCCGCCGCCCCUGGCGCUGCUGCUGCUGCUGCUGCUCAGCCUCGGGCUGCUCCACGCAGGUGACUGCCAACAGCUGGCGCAGUGUCGAAUCCAGAAAUGCACCACAGACUUUGUUGCCCUGACUGCACACCUGAACUCUGCCAUUGACGGCUUUGACUCCGAGUUUUGCAAGGCCCUGCGUGCCUAUGCAGGCUGCACCCAGCGAACUUCGAAAGCCUGCCGGGGCAACCUGGUGUACCAUUCUGCUGUGUUGGGUAUCAGUGACCUUAUGAGCCAGAGGAACUGUUCCAAGGACGGACCCACAUCCUCCACCAACCCUGAAGUGACCCAUGACCCUUGUACCUAUCACAGCCACGCAGGAGCCAGAGAACACCGGGCAGGGGACCAGAACCCUCCCAGUUACCUUUUCUGUGGCCUGUUUGGAGAUCCUCACCUGAGAACUUUCAAGGACCACUUCCAAACAUGCAAAGUGGAAGGGGCUUGGCCACUCAUAGAUAAUAAUUAUCUUUCAGUUCAAGUGACGAAUGUGCCUGUGGUCCCUGGGUCCAGUGCCACUGCUACAAAUAAGAUCACCAUCAUCUUCAAAGCCCACCAUGAGUGCACAGAGCAGAAGGUGUACCAAGCUGUGACAGACGACCUGCCGGCUGCCUUUGUGGAUGGCACCACCAGCGGUGGAGACGGUGAUACCAAGAGCCUGCGCAUCGUGGAGAGGGAGAGCGGCCGCCACGUGGAGAUGCACGCUCGCUACAUAGGAACUACGGUGUUUGUGCGACAGCUGGGUCGCUACCUGACCCUCGCCAUCCGGAUGCCCGAGGACCUGGCCAUGUCCUACGACAAAAGCCAGGACCUGCAGCUGUGUGUCAACGGCUGCCCCCUGAGUGAACGUAUCGACGACGGGCAAGACCAGGUGUCUGCCAUCCUGGGGCACACCCUACCGCACACCGCCCUGGCACAGACCUGGCCGGGCUACACACUGGAGACUGCCAACACGCAAUGCCAGGAGAAGAUGCCGGUGAAGGACAUCUAUUUCCAGUCCUGUGUCUUUGACCUGCUCACCACGGGCGAUGCCAACUUCACUGCCGCAGCCCACAGUGCCUUGGAGGACGUGGCGGCCCUGCACCCGAGGAGGGAACGCUGGCACAUCUUCCCAAGCAGCGGCAACGGGGCGCCCCGGGGAGGCAGGGACUUGUCCGUCAGUCUCGGACUCACAUGCUUGUUCCUCGUUGUGUUUUUGUAGGGAUUGUCUAUCUGGCUUUUUUGUUGUUGUCGUUGUUGUUGUCUAUAACAAAAUUUUAAGAUAUAUAUUGUCAUAAUAUAUUGAGUAAAAGAUAAGAGUAUAUAUGUAUAUACCAUGUAUAUGAUAGGCUGUUUGUCCUGGGACACCCACCAGAUUGUACAUACUGUGUUUGGCUGUUUUCACUUAUGUUGGAUGUGUAGUGGUUUUUUAUUGUAUCGAUUUUUAUUUUGCAGUUUUGUGAAAUAUUUUAUAAUGUCCCUGCAUAGGGACCUGUUAGAAAGCACUUUAUUUUUUAUAUAUUAAAUAUUUAUGUGUGUA